UGGUGGCGGUUGGUUCGAGCCCGGGCGGUGCGGAAUGGCGGGCCCCGGCCUCAGCCGCUCCCCUCGGCGUCUGCAGCGGCGCUACCUGCGAGGGCCGGCGGGGGAUUGCCUUUCAGGAGCAUUACACACCAAAUAUAGGAGCGGAAGCUUCCUAGUAUACAAAGAGUCAGAAUUUGCUGAAAGUGGAAAAGAGAACAGCAUCAAAUCUUCUAGUGAUUUCCUGCAAAGUUUUCAAGACUGGGAUUGUUUUGGUGAUGAGCAAGAUUUUUUUUGUGAUUCAAGUGGUCUAGAAAUAGAAGAAGAGACCAUUAAUUGCUCUGAAACUGAUGCAGUUCAAAAUACAGCUAUAUAUGGGGAAACAGGCAGCAACUUACCAUCCCAUUUGGCUGCAAAUAUGCAAGAAAAUAGAGACCAAAAUAUUACCGAUGGUUUGGUAAGGAAAAUUGUGAGUGGAACUGAUGCUCAAGCAUGCAAUAGUCAAGGCUUAAUACCACCUCACAUCAGUCAAAUUUAUGAUGAAUUAUUUGUUAUACAUCAGAAGCUCCAGAGAGAAAGUUCAGCACAGCAGGAGUAUGCUCUGCAACUGCAGAAACGAGAGCAUUUGCUAACAGAGCGAGAAGCAUUGCUUUUUAGACAUGAAGCAGCUUUGGCUAAAAUAAGAGGUGUUGAGGAAGAAGUUCACACAAAAUUUGGAAUUAUAAAAGAGCAACAUGAGGCAGAAGUUAAACAGCUGACAGAAGCCUUGAGAGAAAUAACUAAAGAAAAUAGGAGGCUGAAGUCAUCGUUUGACACCUUGAAGGAAAUGAAUGACUCUUUAAGAAAACAGUUAAGUGAUGUAACUGAGCUGAACAAGAAGUUGGAAGGUCAAGCAAGAAAAGUACAAGCUCGUUUAGAGAAUCUACAAAGGAAGCAUGAAUUUUUAAUGAUACGGAAGUCUAAGGACAUAUGUCAAGUGGUGCAACAAAGUAAACCUGUCAAGCAGGAAAAAGUGAUGGUAACAUCAAAAAUUGCUAAGCUACCAUUGAAUUCACAAGUUUAUGAGCUCUUAACUCUUCUUAUGGAUUGGAUCUCAGACCAACACCUUAGCAAAAUAAAAAUACAAGAAGAAAGAGAGGACACUCAUAAAUUUAUGGCUACCCAGACCUCAAAAAAAUCCUGCACCCAGGAAAGGUGUAUGAAGCUUUUGCCUAUAGCUACUGAGCAACUCCAGUGGAUGCCAUUUGUGAAUCCUAAACUACACAUGCCUGUGAUUAAAUUUAUUUACUGGUCUAUAAGACAGCUAGACACUGGUAUUCAGCAUGCAACAAUGACAUCAACAAUGAGGAGACUUGGUGAAGAUAUUUUCAAAGGCAUAGUAAGUAAGGGAAACCCACAUAGGUCUUCUGAACAGUCUACAGAGAGUAAAUCAAAAUCGGCAGCUUUCUUUAAGAGUCCCUGUAUGCCUUUGAGGUUUCUGUCAACUUUAAUUGUGCUUAAAACAGUGACACAAGUGGAUUACCUGGCUCAGGCAUUUGAUUCACUUCGCAUAGACUUGAAGACGGAUGAAGGGAAGUCCUUAUUUUUGGAAUACCAAUGCGUGCCUGUCGUAUUAAGUCACUUAAAAGUAUCCAGUAGAGGUCUGCUUUCCAGUGCUCUUGAUGGAUUACUUCAGAUGACCACAGAAUCUGAUUCCUUACAGCCUUUCCUGGAAGCCUGCAGUAACGAAUCCUUCUUCCGUGCUUGUUCUAUAUUGCUUCGAAGUUCUAAGCUAGAUGUUCAGAUUUUGGAAAAGCUCUGUGUUAUACUGCAAAAACUCUCCAGAAUAAAAAGCAAUAAGAAGAUGUUUGAAUUGUUUACUCUUCACCAAAUGAUCCAAGAACUGCAUAGGACUACAAAUCCAGAUCAUGCUUUCCUCUGUAUAAACCUCAAUUCAAUUCUGUUGAAUUUGGGAUUGUCAAGGAGUACCUCUCUUACCUCGAGUCUAAGCACAAAAGGGAAAUAAUGUUGCUGUUCUGAAUGACUCAUGCAAUCUAAGGAAUUGGAUCCCUUGAGUAAGCAGAUCAGAAAUACCAACCUUUCCUUACAGGUAUGAAUCUUAGUUACCUUUGACUCUUCAGAGAGUUUUACAAAUUCAUUUAUUUAUUUUAUGGUUGAUAAGUAUCAGACAGGUAUCUUACCAAAUUAUCUUUUGAGAUAAUUACAACUGUAAUGAUUAAAACCAGAUUUUGAUUUAACAUAACUAGAUGUGUUGAAUGAGAAAUUUUGUUGUUUUUAUUUCAAAAUGUCUUAGGGUUGUUUGAUCUUUUCCUGUAUUUAUGUAACAUUUAGUAUUUUAUCCUGCUUUCUAUGAAUUUCUUUUGUAACUUUGGGUUGUAAUAUCUCUGCAAAUGUGAAAAACUCCAUUUCUUAAAAUGCCUGGCAAUAGUAAUCCCUAAUGUAAAAUUAUUAUAUUUUAUUCUUUCUGCUAUAUUUUGUAUUAAUUUGCAAUACAAUCUUCAUAGUACCCGCA